AUGGCUUUCGAUGUGUUCAUAGAUGAUCGGCUUAUGGGAAGAGGAACCCAUGGCCUCAAGAAAGAAAUCGCUCAUAAUAGAGCAGCCAAGCAUGCAUUAGACAAUAUUGGAAGAAUAUUGGGCAAUAAAGACAAAUUCUCACAAGCAAACUUGGAUUAUCCACUGCACUCCAAUGGACUAGUGGAUGUGCCAAUGCUCCUUGUAGACAUUGUUGAAUCACUCAUUGUGGCUGUUUUCAUUGAUUGCAAUUCUUUAAUUGAUACAGUUUGGAAGGUAUUCAAGGAUUUGUUGGAACCCAUAAUUAGUCGAGAAAUGCUCAAGAUACAUCCAGUAAUGGAGUUGUAUGAAGUAGGUCAAAAGAAACAUUUGAAAGUGAAAUUCGUGGAUUUGUGGAGAGAAAGCAUGGCUUUCGAUGUGUUCAUAGAUGAUCAGCUUGUGGGAAGAGGAACCCAUGGCCUCAAGAAAGAAAUUGCUCAUAAUAGAGCAGCCAAGGAUGCAUUAGACAACAUUGGAGGAAUAUUGGGCAAGAAAGACAAUACAGAUGAAUCAUGA